GCUUUCUUUGCAUCUUCCCAACCUAGACAUAUAUUUUGUACGAGAGGUUCUUCCCGGAUAGACGCAGCGUGCCGCAAUGUCCAUGCCAAUACAGUGCAUUCGCUUCUUUCCACCAUCGACACCUGUUGUCCCCACCCUUCUCCCCGUAGAUAUCCAGGAAUUGGCGGCGAUUACUGUUGAGUUGGCGGAAUAUAUAUGGAAAUCGCCAGAGUUCCCAGUUAUCCAGCCCGUACCAGUAACACCACUCUGGGGGAGUGAUUCGAAUAUCUGGGUUGGCAAGACUUACGGUCUCAGCCCAUCGACUGGCUACAGUCCGUAUGCACCACCAUCAACAUGGGAAAUUCUCUAUCACCUCUGCUUUACCAUUAUUGCUCGAGCGGGGAUAACAGGGCCAGAAGUAUUCAUUAUGCUCCGAUUUCUUCGUCGCCUAAAGAAACGAGUUUUACCACCUCUUCCUACCUUGGGAUCGCCGUCACCACCUACUUACACCACAGCGCACCCAGAGCCAGUCACAUGGACGCUUCCAACAGCGAUCAUAGGUGCCGCACUCCUUGCUAACAAACUCUUACACGAUAAUGUCUUGUCAACAAAGUCGUGGUCAUCAGUGUUGAGCAUGCCAGUGAAAGAGCUGAAUGGGAUUGAAUGGAGAUUUGCUGAAGCGGUCGAAUGGGAACUUUUUGUUUCCGGAGAUGAAUAUUGGGCGUGGGUGAUGAGAUUAGGCGAGUUGAGCGCUCGCGGGCUUCUGAGCGGGAGGGUCGGCAGAGUCGUUCAAUUUGCUGGGCGAAUGGUGGAUUGGGAGGCAGACGAGCAGAAGAAAUUAUAUGAAAGAUGGAUAAAUCCCAUGCCACCACCACAAUCACAACCACAAACGCAACAGUAUUGUAUAUCCACGGAAAGUCACGACUUGAACAGCCGUCGCCAUCCAAGACCUCCUCGCCUCCACAUUCCAGGUCCAACAGCGGCAGCAAGUGGAUCGUUCUCCUACUCCACAUCCUUGAAUACUCCCUCAAGACGGCCGCGCUCAGCGCAUUUGACGCCUGUAGCGAUGCGAACACCGCUGGCUGCUCGAACGCCAUUUACACCAAUCAACAUUCCACCUGCACCGACACUGACAUAUGCAAAUCUGAUCACCCCAGUGUGUGGCUGUACAUGUGCGUCGUGCGUUGGAGCUGGGAUACGUCAGGAAUGGUGGUAUGAUGGGAUGUAGUGCUCCUAGCAAGCUGCCUUUGACUUUGUAGUAUACUAAGGAUGAUGAGGGGAGACUGUGGGUUAUGUCCUUUCAAUUUAAUCUAUUAGACGCUGGAUCGUCAAUGAAAUGCCA